AUGCCCUUUGCGCUAAUUCGUCAAGCCUGUCCUGACCGCCUGGCCCCAGGACCCGAAGAUGGGCAAGAUGAACCCAGAUCCCCAUUGGACCCCCACCCUCUGUCGCUCUACUUUUCGGUCGUUCUCUUGAGACAGGUCGAUCCUUCUGUAACCCCCGCCUGGUAUGGACGAUUCAACGCCUGCCGCGCCCCCACUGCUCCCAAAAUCACAAUCGAGGAAAAGCUCGAGAGACACAAGUCGGGAUCGACCGUUGACGAGUGGGCACAAUGGCAGCGCCCUGAUGUCGGCUCCAGUUCCGGUGUUGGUGUCGCCGGCGGUAUUUACUCGAGCCGUGACCUGAACCGCGUCGCUUCGAACCGCCUUUCGCGCGCCAUCACUCGAGAGUCCGCUGCAGAGGCUGAUGAGAAUGGUGGCGACUGGCGCCGCGACGAUGGGAGAAAAAAACAGGUCUUUACUGGAACAACCCUGAUUUGGCUCGCAUAUCAGUCGAUUGGUGUUAUCUAUGGCGACAUUGGAACCAGUCCCCUCUACGUCUUCUCGUCAACCUUCGUAGACCUCCCCACGAAGAACGAUCUCACCCAAGUCCUGUCCCUCAUCAUCUGGUCCCUCACCCUCAUGGUCACGGUGAAGUAUGUUUUCAUCGUCUUGCAUGCGGACAACGAGGGUGAGGGUGGCACUUUCUCUUGUUACUCUCUCUUGACUCGGUUUGCAAGGAUUACCAACUUCGAUCCCCGCGAGGAGGCUACCGUCCGCAUGGAACGCCACAACACCCAAGACGUGCGCCCGGUGACCCGCGGCAUCCGCACCGUCAUCGAAAAGAGCAGAGUAACAAGAGGCCUCCUCAAAACCAUUGGAGUCCUGGCAGUAUCCAUGUCCGUUCUGGGCGCCAUCCAGGGUCUCUCGGUUGUCAAGCCUGACAUCAACAACUCCACGAUUGUGGGCACGACGUGCGGCAUCCUCGUCCUGCUCUUCCUCAUUCAGCCCCUGGGAACGACCAAGCUCGCUAGCACGUUUGCGCCCAUCGUCAUUGUUUGGCUGGGCUUCAAUGGUGGUUUCGGCAUCUACAACCUUGUCAAGUAUGACUACACCGUCCUCAAGGCGUUUAGUCCCUAUUACGCGAUCCACUUCUUCGUGGAGAAGAAGACGGAGGGAUGGAAGAUGCUCGGCGGCGUGUUGCUCUGCUUCACUGGAGUCGAAGCGUUGUUUGCGGAUUUGGGCGCCUUCAGCAUGCGCGCUGUGCAGAUGAGCUGGCUGCUGUGGACGUAUCCGUGCCUCAUACUCGCCUACAGCGGACAGGCUGCACACCUCGCCAUCAUGCCGGAGAAGUACACCAACCCCUUCUUCAAUACCGUUCCCCCGGGAAUGCUGUACCCAAGUUUGAUUCUGGCUAUUUUGGCUGCCAUCGUUGCCUCGCAAGCCAUUAUCACAGCAACGUUCCAGCUUUCGAGUCAAAUCAUGAAGCUUUCUUACUGCCCACAGAUGAAAGUCGUCCACACUUCGGAGACCUUCCACGGCCAAGUCUAUGUUCCCCUCCUCAACUGGCUUCUUAUGCUCGGCACGAUUCUCGUCACUGUCGUUUACAACAACACAACCAGCCUCGGUCACGCCUACGGCGUUUGCGUCAUCUUCGUCACAUUCUUCGACACCCUCAUGGUUACAUUGGUUGCGAUCCUCGUCUGGCGCCUACCGGUCUGGCUCAUCGCCCUUCCGGCCUUCGCCUUCGCCACGCUCGACGGCCUAUACCUCUCCUCGGCUCUGAAUAAGGUCCCUGACGGCGCCUGGUUCACGCUAAUGAUAUCAGCCCUCAUGGCGGGCAUGUUCCUUCUCUGGCGCUUCGGCAAGGAGAACCAAUGGCGUGCUGAGGCUGAGGACCGUUUCCAGCCCAGCUCCCUCGUCACCAAAAACAAGGAGGGCGUGCUGGCGCUCACCCAACGCUGGGGCGGCGACAUCCUCUCUUCUGUCAGCGGGUUUGGCAUCUUUUUCGACAAGACGGGUGUCCAGACACCCAGCGUCUUCACACACUUCGCAUCCAAGCUGGGUGCCCUCCCGGACGUGUCGGUGUUCUUCCAUCUGCACCCCGUCGAAGUACCCACCGUCCCAGCCGCCGAGCGGUACCACAUCUCGCGUUUUGCGAACAUCCCUGGGUGUUACCGCCUCGUCGUGCGUCAUGGCUUCAUGGACGAGGUGGUCAGCCCAGACCUAGGCGCGUUGGUGUACGAGCAGGUGCGCAAGUUCGUGGUCAGACAGGCUACUGCGAAGGCGGCAGCCGAGAGCGAACAGGAAACCUCUACUACCUUGAACGACGCAGAUGGGCCGCCCGAGUUGAGAGAUGAGAGGCUGGCGGCGGAGUUGGCCAAGUUGGAUCGGGCGUAUGCGCACAAGGUUCUGUACAUUGUCGGUAAAGGGCAGAUGCAUAUCCGCACGGGUACGAGUAUUGUGAGGAGGUUUACUUUGGGCACGUUUUUGUGGAUUCGGGAUAACACCCGGGCCAAGAUAGCGAAUCUCAGGUUGGCUAUGGAGAGGGUUGUUGAAGUCGGGUUUGUCAAAGAGAUUUAG